AUGUGCAGCCCCGAGGAGUCCCUGAAGCGCCUAGAGGAGGUCUUCUCGGCCACCCUUGCCCGAAUCAACAGCCUUAUCCUCCAGCCCCUGGUCGAAGCUAUGUGGUUGUGCCCCUGCCCUGCCCCAGAGCCCUCGGACCCCCAGGGCAGAGAGUGCCUGCGGCUCCUGCAGCAGCUGCACCAGAGCUCCCAGCAGCUCUGGGAGGUGACGGAGGAGAGCCUGUGCUCACUAGAGGAGAGGCUGCGCCACCCAGACACCGUUGGACUAGAGUCUCUGCUGCUGCUGCGUGAUACCAAUCAUGUCCUGCAGGUCUACAUGGAGUAUAUCGAGUCCUAUACAAGCUGCGUGGUGGUACAGGCCUUUGAGAAGGCAGCCAAGUGGAGGAGAGACUACUGGCCGGGCCAGCUGAAGGCUCUGCGGAAGAUCCUGUGGGGUUUGAGCACCCAUGGCAAGGUGGGCACCUCGCUGGCCCAGGCCCUCCGCCAGCCUCUUACCAAUCACGUGCAGCACUACAUGUUCCUCCUGCCGAGCCUUGGGGACACCAUCGAGGAGAGUGACCCUGCCCGGGAGCUGGUGGUGCACGCAACCACCUGCUUUGAGGACCUCCAGUCCUUCAUGAAGCAGGCGCUGGACCAGGCCGUGGCCACACAGGCCCUCUGGGACACCCUGAGCAGCAAGCUGAGGGUUGCACUCUGCACCCCUGCUCGCCGACUCCUGCAAGACAGCCAGGACGUCCCGGUGACUGUCACCCCACUGCCGGUGGACCGUGUGCUGCUCUUUGAUGAUGUCCUUGCCCUUCUGCAGGGCCACAGUGUCCACACCUUUGAUCUGAAGCUCAUAUGGGUCGACCCUGAGCAGGACGAGUGCACGUUUCGCCUCCUUACACCUGAGGAAGAGUUCUUUUUCUGCUCCAGGGACCCCCAGGACCAGGUGAUGUGGUGGUACAAGGUUACCCAGGCUGUGUGUCAGGCCCUGCGUGGGAAAAAAGACUUCCCGGUGCUGGGGAUGGGCCUGGAGCAUGCCAAGACCCCUAGCUGCCGCUCCACGGGAGCGUACACCUUCCUGGCAGAGGGUCGGCUCUGCCAGGCCACCUACGAGGGCGAGUGGUGCCAGGGCAGGCCCCAUGGCAAGGGAUCCCUGAAGUGGCCAAACGGGCAGAAUCACGUGGGCAGUUUCUGCCAGGGCCUGGAGCACGGCUUUGGCAUCUGCCUGGUGCCCCAGGCCUCUGAGGACAAGUUUAACUGUUACAAGUGCCACUGGCGGGAAGGCAGGAUGUGUGGCUAUGGCAUCUGUGAGUAUGGCACUGACAGGGUGUACAAGGGCUACUUCCAGGAGGGCCUGCAUCACGGCUUUGGGGUCCUUGAGAGUACCCUGCAGGCCCCUCAUCCCUGCAAGUACACGGGCCACUGGAAGCGGGGCCAGAGGAGUGGCUACGGCAUCCAGGAGGAUGGUGACAGGGGUGAGCGCUACAUCGGCAUGUGGAAGGCUGACCAGCGCCAUGGCCCAGGGAUCAUCGUCACCCAGGCAGGAGUCUGCUACCAGGGGACCUUCCAGGCAGAUAAGAUGAUGGGCCCAGGGAUCCUCCUCUUUGAAGACGACUCUUUGUAUGAGGGCACAUUCACCAGGGACCUGACCCUCCUGGGGACGGGCAAGGUCACCUUCCCCAAUGGCUUCACCCUGCAGGGCUCCUUUGUCACUGGGGUGCAGAAAGGACUUCACACCCAGGGCGUGCUGGACACAGCCGCCCUCCCGCCCGACCCAAGCAGCACCUGCAAGAGGCAGCUGGGCCUGGGCGCCUUCCCUGUGGAGAGCCGCUGGCAGGGCGUCUACGGCCCCUUCCGGGACUUCGUGCGUGCUGGCUGCCCAGGGGCCAUGCAGGAAGCCCUGCUGGGUUUCCACAUGCAGAGCUUGAAGGAGCUGCGCAAGUCCGAGCAGGACCUGUGCUCUGAGAGGACUCCACCGGAUGACAGUGUAGGCAGAAUGGAAGACAUCCUGGAGGAGGUGCUGCAGCACCGGGAGCCCAAGGCCCUGCAGCAGUGCCUCAGGAAGGCUCUGAGCAGCUCACUGCACCCCCUGGGGAAGCUGCUGCAGAUGCUGAUGCUGACCUUCCAGGCCACGUACGCGGGCAUUGGGGCCAACAAGCACCUGCAGGGGCUGGCCCAGGAGGAGGUGAAGCAGCACGCGAAGGAACUCUGGGCCGCCUACAGGGGUCUGCUGCAGGUUGCCUUACGGCGCAAGGGCCAGGCCCCUGAGGAAGAGGAAGAUGCAGAGACAAGGAACCUGCAGGUGCAUGGAUUGGUGCUGCCUCUCGUGCUGCCCAGCUUCUACGUGGAGCUCUUCACUCUCUACCUGCUUCUUCACGAGACAGAGGACAGACUGUACAACCAGGGCAUCACCAACCUGAGCCUCUUCCCUGACACCAAGCUGCUUGAGUUCUUGGAUGUGCAGAAGCACCUGUGGCCCCUCAAGGACCUCACACUGACCACCAAUCAGAGACACUCCGUGGUCAGGGACAAGUGCUUCCUGUCAGCUACGGAGUGUCUGCAGAAGAUCAUCACCACGAUGGACCCUCGGGAAAAGCUGGAGGCCCUGGAGAGGACGUACGAAGAGAUUGAGGCCACUGUGUCUCGGGUGCUGGGCCAGGAGCAAAAGCUGCCCAUGGACGACCUGCUGCCGCUGCUCAUCUAUGUGGUGUCCCGUGCCCAGAUCCAGCACCUGGGAGCCGAGAUCCACCUGAUUCGUGACAUGAUGUACCCCAUCCACACGGGCGGCCUAUAUGACUUCCUGCUCACGGCCCUUGAGUCCUGUUACGAGCACAUCCAGAGGAACGACAUGCAUCGGCUGCUCAGCUGUCGGGACUCCAGGGAGUUCCGGUAGCCCGGCCUCUCCUGGACAGGCCAUGGAGCUGGGAAGGGCCGCUGCGGACUUGCCGUGCAGCGAGCAUGGCCUGGCCCUCAUGGCCCAUGUGCAGAGGGCAGGAUGGCCCCUUGCAGGCGACUCCUGGAGAAGAUGAGUCUCUCGAAGGGAGAUGCCACUGCAGCCCUAACUGGGAUGGGGGUGAGGGGUGGCCCAGAACUGGUGGUUUUCCUUCCUGUGCCACUAGACCCGUCUCUGAUGACCUUGACGUCCAGUAGCUCGCAGGCUGGGGGUGAGGAGCCACUGGCUUCUCCUUGCCUGAGCCUUGCUCCCAAGUCAUUGAGCCUCAAUGUUGCCAUCUGUAAAAUGAACUCAAUUGUCUGUAAAGGAAUCUUUCACCCAU